GCAGCAGCAGCAGCAGCAGCAGAGGAGGUGGUGGUGGCGGCGGUGACUUCACUUCCCAAAUUUAGUGAGGAAAGAAAAGAAAGAAGAAGAAGAAGAAGAAAAAAAAAAAGUGUCUUUCUCUGCGCCACACAUACCAGGACUGGGGUUUGGAAUUAAUUCAGGAGCGUGUCAUGUUUGGGAUACCGUCGGAGUCCACUGAAAGUUGCGGGAAAUGGACGGGACUAUUAAGGAGGCGCUAUCAGUGGUGAGUGAAGACCAGUCCUUAUUCGAGCCCCCCUACGCCACUGCCGCCCCUCUCCCCAAGACAGACAUGACUGCAUCUGGCGCGCAGGACUACGGCCAGACUCACAAAAUCAACCCAUUACCCCCACAGCAGGAGUGGAUCAACCAACCAGUGCGGGUCAACGUCAAGAGAGAAUAUGAGCAUAUGAAUGGAUCCAGCAGGGAGUCUCCAGUGGACUGCAGUGUGGGUAAAUGCAAUAAGCUGGUGGGGAGCAACGAGACGUCUCAGAUGAACUACGGAAACUACAUGGACGAGAAGAACAUCCCUCCACCCAACAUGACCACCAAUGAGCGAAGAGUCAUCGUACCGGCCGAUCCUUCAUUGUGGUCCCAGGACCACGUGCGCCAGUGGCUGGAGUGGGCCAUCAAGGAGUACGGCCUGUUGGAAAUCGACACGUCCGUCUUUCAGAACACAGACGGCAAGGAGUUGUGCAAGAUGAGCAAGGACGACUUCCUUCGGCUCACCACCAUGUACAACGCCGAGGUUCUUCUCUCUCAUCUCAAUUACCUCAGGGAAAGUAGUUCAUCAUUAUCCUACAACACAACAUCUCACACGGACCAAUCACCACGCCUGCCUGCCAAAGAAGACCCAACGUAUGACGCCGUACGGCGGACGGGAUGGUCAAACAACAUGCACAGUGCCAAAGGCUCACCGGUGGUGACUCAGAAUGUGACCAAGACCGCAGAGCAGCCCAGAGUCCAGCCGGAUCCAUACCAGAUACUUGGUCCAACCAGUAGUCGCCUUUCCAAUCCAGGUUCAGGACAGAUCCAGCUUUGGCAGUUCCUCCUGGAGCUCCUUUCCGACAGCGCAAACGCCGGCUGCAUCACCUGGGAAGGCACCAACGGCGAGUUCAAGAUGACGGACCCGGACGAGGUGGCGCGGCGCUGGGGCGAGCGCAAGAGCAAGCCCAACAUGAACUACGACAAACUGAGCCGGGCCCUGCGCUACUACUACGACAAGAACAUCAUGACCAAGGUGCACGGCAAGCGCUACGCCUACAAGUUUGACUUCCACGGCAUCGCCCAGGCGCUGCAGCCGCACCCCACCGAGUCGUCUAUGUACAAGUACCCCUCGGACCUUGCCUACGUGCCUUCUUACCACACCCACCAGCAGAAGGUCAACUUUGUGUCACCUCACCCGCCGUCCAUGCCGGUCACUUCCUCCAACUUCUUCGGACCCACCGCUCCUUACUGGAGCUCGCCCACCGCUGGCAUCUACCCCAACCCCAACGUCCCCCGCCACCCAAACGCCCACGUUCCCUCCCACCUGGGCAGUUACUAUUAGACAGCGCUAUCUAACCACCCACUAGCCAAGCCCACCAUUGCGGAAGGCAAUGAGGAAGGAUGAUUAUUUUAUAUUUUUGAAGAAUAACUGGAUGCUACGGUCCAGAAAUGGAAUACUACUUACCUUUAGAAGACUUGAUGUUUUGGACAUGUAUCUUCCACAUCCUCCUGAAAGCUAUCCAAGUAUUCCCGGGGCCAAAAUUUAAGGACAGAAGAGCAGAAUCAGAAUUCUUCUGCCAACUCCGCUCACUACCAGACAUGGCCCUUUAUUUACGGGUCUCAAUCUACAUCCUCCGGAGUACUUUAUGCUUCGAAGCAUCUGCUCUUUCCACCAUCUACAACCUGCUCGGGGUUUGAUAUUCCCACCACAUCUACAGCAAGUCUUUGUGUGUGUCCCAUCUGUAGGAUUUUGCGUGUGUGUCGAGUUAGUUUUUUAGGAAUUCGCUGGAAAAAAAAAAAGAAAGAAAAGAAGCCCUCACACACUGAAGACCUUUCUCGGCACUGAAUGAAAGUUGGCAACUGGAAUAUGCCAUUCACAAUUUAAUUUAUCCUCCAAACUGGAAGGCAAGAGAGAAGGAGUCGAAUUGCAGAGAAGGAAGCGCUGUAUGUCUGCUGAACUGUUAACUUUCAAAAACGCUCCCAGCGUGGUGGGGGUCCGCACGACGUGUGCAGCUCCGUCGCGCCGAGGAAAGCGGAGAGUUGACACGUAAAUCGCGAGUUGGAGCCAGGCCGGGGCGCUGGGCUAUUAAACGUUUACCGCGUCGUCGCCGCCAAGCCAUGUUUUGUCUCUCGACCGUGUCAGUAUUAAUGUGAACCGUUGUCCAGUUUGUGUGUCUAAUAGGAGGAUGCAAAAGUCAAAGGUUGUCAGAUUUUUUUAUCUUGAAAAAACAGCCAAAUAUAUUGUUUUUUUUCUUUAAAUUAUAACUAGAAGAACACUUGGAGAGCGCAAACCUCUACCAGGAUCUACUGUACCGCCCGUUAGUGUAAAAACUCCGGAAUCCAGAGCGUGAUCUGCAACACCCCCAAAAUGUAAUCACUCGUUCCUUAUUUCAAUUCUAAUAUUUUCAGAUUAUUUUUUUUUUUUUGUUAACAGUAUGGAAAAAACUGAGUGAACAUUAAUAAUAAUUGGAUUAGAUUUAUAUCGCGCUUUUCUAUUGUUAGAUACUCAAAGCGCUCACAGAGAAGUGGGAACCCAACAUUCAUUCACACCUGGUGGUGGUAAGCUACAUCUGUAGCCACAGCUGCCCUGGGGUCGACUGAUGUGGCGUGGCUGCCAGUUUGCGCCUACGGCCCCUCCGACCACCACCAAUCAUUCAUUCAUCAUUCAUUCACCACUGUGAGCGGCACCGGGGGCAAGGGUGAAGUGUCCUGCCCAAGGACACAACGGCAGCGAUUUGGAUGUCAAUAUGUGGGACGUGAACCUGCAACCCUCAGGUUUCUAGCACGGCCGGUCUCUACCCACUACGCCAUGCCGCCCCACAUUCUUAUCAGUCAUCCACUGUCUAUGUCUCUGAGGGGGCACACAUGCUUAAACAUAAGGAAACAUAGUAGAAAUGACCUGAAUCAGGCCUAAAAUCCAAUCAUUUAUCCAUCAAUUUUCUACCGCUUGUCCCUUUUGGGGUGGCGGGGGGUUGCUGGCGCCUAUCUCAGCUGCAUUCGGGCGGUAGGCGGGGUAUACCCUGGACAAGUCGCCACCUCAUCGCCGGGCUAACACAGAUAGACAGACAACAUUCCCACUCACAUUCACACACUAGGGCCAAUUUAGUGUUGCCAAUCAAAUGUCCAUCCAUCCAUUUUCUCCCGCUUAUUCCCUUUCGGAGUCGCAGGUGGCGCUGGUGCAUAUCUCAGCUACAAUCGGGCGGAAGGCGGGGUACACCCUGGACAAGUCGCCACCUCAUCACAGGGCCAACACAGAUAGACAGACAACAUUCACACUCACAUUCACACACUAGGGCCAAUUUAGUGUUGCCAAUCAACCUAUCCCCAGGUGCAUGUCUUUGGAAGUUCAUUAUCUAAUUUCGGAAAUUUCCACAAAGUUCCAUCCGCUCAUAAUAUUUUGAGUUAUUUUACUAGCUAACUGGCAGACAGACAAUUGCAUAAAUUCCUGCCAGAGGAACAAAUCCCUUUUCCUGCUGUCAUUAUUGAGAUAUGGUAAAUGGUAAAUGGGUUGUACUUGUAUAGCGCUUUUCUACCUUCAAGAUUCUCAAAGCGCUUUGACACUACUUCCACAUUCACCCAUUCACACACUGAUGGCGGGAGCUGCCAUGCGAGGCCCUAACCACCACCCAUCAGGAGCAAGGGUGAAGUGUCUUGCUCAAGAACACAACAGAUGUGACUAAGGAUUGAACCAGGAAUCCUCAGGUUGCUGGCACGGCCACUCUCCCAACCGCACCAUGACGACCCCAAGAAAUAGAGUCCUAUUCAAGAAUGUCCACAGUCCGUCCCGAUUCAUUUGUGGCCCAAAGCUCAGCUUUUACUCGACCACAAUAUGUUCUAAAAAUUGAUCUUAUGAAGUUUUUUUUCUCUAAAUAUAACAUAACUAGAAAAGCACUCUGCCAAGCCCUACUGUACCCAAUAGUACAAAAACUCCGGAAUUCAGACCGUGAUAAGGAACACCCCCAAAUUGUAAUCACUUGUUCUUUAUCCCAUAUCUGAUAUUUCUUGAAAAUAUGACCAAAACUUUUUCAACUAUCCAUCCAUCCAUCCAUCCAUCUUCCUCCACUUAUCCGAGGUUGGGUCGCGGGGGCAGCAGCCUAAGCAGGGAAGCUCAGACUUUGCUCCCCCCAGUCACUUCGUCCAGCUCUUCCCGGGGGAUCCCGAGGCGUUCCCAGGCCAGUCGGGAUACAUAGUCUUCCCAACGUGUCCUGGGUCUUCCCCGUGGCCUCCUACCGCUCAGACAUGCCCUAAACACCUCCCUAGGGAGGCGUUCGGGUGGCAUCCUGACCAGAUGCCCGAACCACCUCAUCUGGCUCCUCUCGAUGUGGAGGAGCAACAACUUUACUUUGAGUUCCUCCCAGAUGACAGAGUUUCUCACCCUAUCUCUAAGGGAGAGCCCCGCCACACGGCGGAGGAAACUCAUUUCGGCCGCUUGUACCCGUGAUCUUAUCCUUUCGGUCAUGACCCAAAGCUCAUGACCAUAGGUGAGGAUGGGAACAGAUCAACCGGUAAAUUGAGAGCUUUCCCUUCCGGCUCAGCUCCUUCUUCACCACAAUGGAUCGAUACAGCAUCCGCAUUACUGAAGACGCUGCACCGAUCUAAAACAAAAUGGAAGAAACAAAGUGGACCUCCUUGUCAUCCACUGUUUUUGUUUCUGCGGGAACACACACAGACGUAAACUUAAGGUAACAUAGUAAAAUGAUAGGGAUCAGGCCCAAAAUAUAAUCAAUAAAAAAAAGUUAAAGUACCAACGAUUGUCACACACACACUAGGUGUAGUGAAAUUUGUCUUCUGCAUUUGACCCAUCCCCUUGUUCCACCCCCUGGGAGGUGAGGGGAGCAGUGAGCAGCAGCAGUGCCGCGCUCGGGAAUCAUUUUAGGUGAUUUAACCCCCAAUUCCAACCCUUGAUGCUGAGUGCCAAGCAGGGAGGUAAUGGGUCCAAUGUGUAUAGUCUUUGGUAUAACUCGGCCGGGGUUUGAACUCACGACCUACCGAUCUCAGGGCGGACACUCUUACCAUGAGGCCACUGAGCAGGUCUGUUUUCUUUUUCUCAUUUCGGAAACUUCCAGAAAGCUCCAUGAAAAUCUUUCCCAGAGCCGUUUGAGUUAUUUUGCUAACCAACAAACAGACAAAACAAUGACAUGAACUCCUGGAGGAGGUACAAAUGCCUUUUCCUGGUGUCAGGAGUGUCUAAAGUCUGUCCCGAGGUACAUUUGUGGACCAAAACUCAGCUUUUAUUCAGCCACGGCAUAUUCUAAACACGCAUCAAAAUAAUAUUUAUAAAUACCGUAUUUCCUUGAAUUGCCGCAGGGCAUAUAGUAUGUGCCUGCCUUUAAUUACUGCCGGGUCAAACUCGCUUCCCAAAAUAAUUACCGCAUGCUUAGUAUUACCGCCUGGUCAAACUUGUGACCCCUGUCAUCAUUUUCAAAAUGGAGGAAGCUGAUUUCAAUACCACUAAUUUGAAAUCGCAUAAAGGGAAGAAGAUUAAAAGCUAUUCAGUAGGAUUUAAGGUCCAAGCUUACAUCACACUCAAAUUUUUACUGCAUGCCUUUGGUAAGUGCCGGAGUGAAAAGAGGUUUUAAAAUAAUUAGCGCAUGCUUACUUUUACCGCAUGCCUUUGGUAAGCGCAGGAGUGAAAAGAGGUUUUAAAUUAAUUCAAGGAAAUACGGUAAUUUGCUUUUUCAGCUAUAAAACUUAUUUAAAUACAUUUAAGUACCGAGCAUAUUCUCCUGAAGAAUGAGUGCCCUCUGCCGUAAACAUUUGAUCUUGGUCUUUUUAUUUCGUCAGAGUCAUUUCGGUUUAUACAAAACAUAAAUGUCCACUGCAGGGGAUGCUUUAACUAAAUUGCAUUUGCAUUUAGCGCAUAAUCAAGUCAAGAAAAGCUGUCGAAUAUGAUUAACUGGCUUGAGCAUACACUGAAAAAAAUAACUCAUAAGAUUUACUUGAAAAAAUUAUUGUAAGUAUUUGCACGCAAAUGAUUUAAGUAAAAUUUAAUGCUGCAAUAUCGAGUAACACUCACUUGCCAGUAUCAAGUCAAUUCUACUUACCGAAUAACAUAACAGUUGUGAAGAUAUUAAGUAACGGUUACUUAAUUACAUCCAAGUUUUAAGUUAUAUUUAUUUAAAAAAAUUAAGUAAAGUGUACUUGUUUUUCAUCGGCAGGAACAUCAUUUUACUCCAAAUUUUAAGUACAUGUUAUAUAUCGUAUUUCCUUGAAUAGCCGCCGGGGCGCUAAUUAAUUUAUAACCUCUUCUCACUCCUCCGCUUAUCAAUGGCAUGCAGUAAAAAAUAGAGUGUGAUAAAAAAAAUGUAAUAAAAAAUUAUCCUGCGGCCGCGGCCCGGUGGUUGGGGAACACUGCUCUACAACAUUUCAUCGCGCCCACUUUUACACCAUGCUGUCUGCGUGUCAGAAGGACGCAUGUGUUUUGCUGCUUCUCAUACGAGAUUGCAAUGCAUACUUGCUCAACAGCCAUAUCUUUUACACUGACAGUUGUGAUAUAAACAACUUUAACAUUCUUACUCAUAUGCGCCACACUCUGUGAACCCACACCAAACACAUUUCUGGAGAACAUCGACUCUGUAACACAUUAUAAACGCAAGAUAAGAAUUACCCAUAAUGCCACCUUGCAGUGCUCUGUGUUGUGAUCCUAACGGCCGGAGCAGAGCCAGUCGGCCAGAGCUUGUCGUGCUGUGCGCAUGCGUUUCAAAACACUAGAUUUUCAGAGUAAAGUUUAUGUAAUAUUUUAGGUUUAUGUACGUACAACUAUUAAACAUUUAAAUAGUAUGAGGAAACAUAAGUAAAACUUACUCUUCCCCCAUAAUUCAUGUAUUAGGUUAAUAAAAUGUUUAAUUUUACUUAAGAAACUCUAGUUCUUACUGAAUGUUAAAAAUAAUAGGUAUAAAUUACGACAGUUACUCUAAUAGAGUUUACAGCACCAAUAAGUCACUUUUUUCAGUGUACUUAAUUUUUGUCCCAUGCGGCGGUAAAAUUUUGGACACCUCUGGUCCCACGGGACUCGUUAACUAGCAUCCCUAACUUCUGUACAGUUAUUUGGUCUCUCUUGCCUGAUGAAAAAUCUGACAAUUUGUGAUAUUUUUUGUAAUGACAGCCACGGCAUUAUCAUCUCCUUUUUGGGGCGAGUCAGGAUCUUGUAGGUCACACUGAGAAGUGUCUUUCUCAAAAAGUUGCAUUUUACCAGGGCUGGAUCCUAGUUUGAGAGCAGCAUGUAUGCUUGAAUGUUAGUUUCUCACUGAUCUAUAGGCCAGAGACAAAAAACAAAACAAAACCAAAAAAAAAACUUCAAUAUAGGACCUCCUCAUGUCAUCGCAUCAUAUCAGAACAUUUUGGUCUUCAGGUGUUCAAGCAAAUGCCCUUGUAACACUUCAAAGUAAGUGACGUCGGGCUAAGUUUAUCAGAGAACAAAAACUUUUUUUUUUUUUUUUUUUUUUAAAUAUGACGAGAUGAAACAAAGAAUUCCUCAGAUUCGCAAACGCUGUGCGUUUGUCAGACCUAUUUUUUAUUGUUUUAUAUGCAUCGGUCAGCUAGGCAUUAAAGCAACUUACUGUAUAAAUUAUGCAGAGUUAUUUUCAUAUGUGACACAGUAUUAAAAAAAAAGAGACAAGAGAAUUAAUACGAGUUGACCUCGGUCAAAAAUGCAAACCUUUGAAGUCCAUUUCUGCUAAGUAGUUUGUUCGGCAUUUGAAGUGUUUUUAUAUUUGUACAUUUGGGCAGUACAUUUUUUUUUUAACUUUUUUUAAUUUUCUUUUUAUUGUUAGUACUUCUUCUGAGAUGAAUUGUGUACCAUCCUAAGUGCCUUUUGUGUGCACGAGCUAUUUUGUAAUUCUCCCUCAAAUCACAAGUGACUGCUUUUGCAUGCAAGAACCAGGGACUUUUUGACUCUGUAUGCAACAUGUGAUUCCAAUGCUUCUUUUAACCACCAAAUAGUCCUGGAAUCUGUGGAAAUUAAUAUUGUUAUUUCAUGCAGAUAUUAACAUCCACCAGAUUCCUGCUGAAAUAAAUCAAAAGGAAACCAAAAAAUGUCCACUCCAGCCUUAUUAUUAUUAUUUUUUUUGACAAGCAAAAAAACAAUCAAAAAGGGAUCUAUGCUACUUCUUAUAAGCAAUGUAUUUUGGAUAUCAAAUAUAUAUAUAUAAAUAUAUAUGUUUGUGCGUGUGUAUAAUUUCACAAUUAACCAAUGCCUUAUUAUUAUUAUUAUUGUCAUUCCUGCAAUGUAUGAAGUCAUACCUUUUGAAAAAGGGCUUUUGUAUAGGAAAUUGUGACAAAUAAAUGUUUUUACCUCUCAAGUUCUCUCCUGAUACCCGUCAAUGGCUUCAGCAGCGUUUCCAUGGUAACACAGUCUCUUUGUUUGGAGAGUGACUGGCCUUAAGAAAGUUGUUUUGAUUUCCGCCUCCCUUUUUAUUACAUUUACACGACAAUUUGUAAUAAAAUUUCUUGCCAUUCAG